GACUUUAACCAGAGCGAGUCAGUCAACGUUUCCACAAACUGGUUCAGUUGCAACUUACACUGAAGAGAUUUUUCACUUAGCCUUUCAGAGCAAUAGUCCAGGCUGCCUUUGGCAGGGCGCCGAGGGAAAGUUCGUGAUGCUGGGUGGAAGUUCCAUUAGUUAUAAGGCGCAGUCUCUCAGUGUACAGUGCAGCCGCGAGUCCAGGACGUGCAUCAUAUUACGGUGCAGUCGCACUCUUGCGCCGUGCAACAGUACCAGUGUUACGGACCGGGAGCGGCUGCUGCGGCGGUUUCGAGGCCGGGUCCACCCCGCGGACACCGGGGACAUGUCCCUGGAGGGGGAUUCGCUCUUCGAAAAACAGACGAAGUGCAUUUUGUUGACAUUUCUUAAGGAGAAGACAUUUGUAAAUCGCAUCGUCGCAGAAGAAAUUUGUAAACUUGAGAAAAUAGUGACCGAGGUGUCGGACGAUGAUGAUGAUGAUGGCAUUCAGACAGACGGACACUGCGCGUCCUUAUACUUUUUUCGUUCAGGUCAGGAGCGUGGAGAUUUGUGCCGAGAGAUAGGUGUGCGCUUAGCUUUGAUGGGAGAUGGGCUGGAUCAAGGCAUUAAUCACAAUGUGGUGGAGGGAUUUAUCCAAGCACAUGAAAAUAAUCAUCCACAAGAGGAUGGAACUAUAACUUUAUCUACCAUAAUCGAUGGCUUGACUGAUCAAAGGACAACUGUCAUUCAAGAUAUGCCGCAGGAGAGGAGAAUUCUGUUACUGACACUGUGGCUGUUGGAAAAGACUGUACUGGAGCAGCCUCGCUUGCUCCCACGCAUCUUCAGAACCACUGUACAAUACAUCACCACAAAGCUCCAAAACUACAUCAACCAGUUAGGAGGUUGGGAACAUCUGCAUUGAAGCUACAAGGAAGAAGAUAAGAUAACCACUGGACCUCAUUUAUUAUAUUAAAACACUGCAAUAAUAUUUUACAUUCUACCGGGUGGUCAUCUUUUCUGUGUUAUUUUUAGUGUGUUUUAAAAGUUUGUGCUAAUGUUCUCUGGUUUGUUUUAUUGGGGGGGGGGGGGGGG